GCGGAAGUGGGGGAGCGCGCGGCCGCCGCUGUUCUGCUGGGAGCGGGCGCGGGAACCGGCGGGGGGGGGGCGGAGCUGUAGUCCCGGCGGCGGAAGGAGGAGAGGAAGAAAGGGGCGAGACCCGGUGCCCGGCAGCGGCGCGAGGCUCUCGCUCGGCGCGCGGACAUCUCCAGCCAGGCGCGCGGCGUUCGAGGGUCGGUGUCGGAGCCGAGCCCUCUCCCGGGCAGCCGGCACUGGUGCUGCUGCUGCUGCUGCCGCUGCUGCUGCUGCUGUCGUGGGGCUCGGGCGGCGACAGAGCGGGGCCGGCCGCGGGGCGGGCGGGGUGGGAGGAGGCGGUGAAGGCGGCGGGCCGGGGGGGAAGAUGCCGCUGGCGCAGCUGGCGGACCCGUGGCAGAAGAUGGCUGUGGAGAGCCCGUCCGACAGCGCUGAGGAUUAUAUCUUUAUCCUUGAAAUUUAAAAACAUUUGCCAGGACAUGUCUUGGUGUUGAUGAUCUCUGUUGAACCUUCUCAGUCUCCAGUCUCAGUAUAAUGAGUAUGAUGAAUAUCACUGUACAUAAGUCUUUAUGCACAUCUCUGAUAUUUCCUUAGGAUAAAUGAGGAGCUGAUUCUUAAUCCUGUCGUAUUGAAUGGACAGCAAAUUAUGGAUGAACCUAUGGGAGAGGAGGAGAUUAAUCCACAAACUGAAGAAGGCAGUAUCAAAGAAAUUGCAAUCACACAUCAUGUAAAGGAAGGACAUGAAAAGGCAGAUCCUUCCCAGUUUGAACUUUUAAAAGUAUUAGGGCAGGGAUCAUUUGGAAAGGUUUUCUUAGUCAAAAAAAUCUCAGGCUCUGAUGCUAGACAGCUUUAUGCCAUGAAAGUGUUGAAGAAGGCCACAUUGAAAGUUCGAGAUCGUGUUCGGACAAAAAUGGAGCGUGAUAUCUUGGUAGAAGUUAAUCAUCCUUUUAUUGUCAAGUUGCAUUAUGCUUUUCAAACUGAAGGGAAGUUGUAUCUUAUUUUGGAUUUUCUCAGGGGAGGAGAUUUGUUUACACGCUUAUCCAAAGAGGUGAUGUUCACAGAAGAAGAUGUCAAAUUCUACUUGGCCGAACUUGCACUUGCUUUAGACCAUCUGCAUAGCCUGGGAAUAAUCUAUAGAGACUUAAAACCAGAAAACAUACUUCUUGAUGAAGAAGGUCACAUCAAGUUAACAGAUUUUGGCCUAAGUAAAGAGUCUAUUGACCAUGAAAAGAAGGCAUAUUCUUUCUGUGGAACUGUGGAAUACAUGGCUCCCGAAGUAGUUAAUCGUCGAGGUCAUACUCAGAGUGCAGACUGGUGGUCUUUUGGUGUGUUAAUGUUUGAAAUGCUCACUGGUACACUACCUUUCCAAGGAAAAGAUCGAAAAGAAACAAUGACUAUGAUUCUUAAAGCCAAACUUGGGAUGCCACAGUUUUUGAGUCCUGAAGCCCAGAGUCUUUUACGAAUGCUUUUCAAACGAAAUCCUGCUAACAGAUUAGGUGCAGGACCAGAUGGAGUUGAGGAAAUUAAAAGACAUUCAUUUUUCUCAACAAUAGACUGGAAUAAACUGUACAGAAGAGAAAUUCAUCCACCUUUUAAACCUGCAACUGGCAGGCCUGAGGAUACAUUCUAUUUUGAUCCUGAGUUUACUGCAAAAACUCCCAAAGAUUCACCUGGCAUUCCACCUAGUGCUAAUGCACAUCAGCUUUUUCGGGGGUUUAGUUUUGUUGCUAUCACCUCAGAUGAUGAAAGCCAAGCUAUGCAGACAGUUGGUGUGCAUUCAAUUGUGCAGCAGUUGCACAGAAACAGUAUUCAGUUUACUGAUGGAUAUGAAGUAAAAGAAGAUAUUGGAGUUGGCUCCUACUCUGUUUGCAAGAGAUGCAUACAUAAAGCUACAAACAUGGAGUUUGCAGUGAAGAUUAUUGAUAAAAGCAAGAGAGAUCCAACAGAAGAAAUUGAAAUUCUUCUUCGUUAUGGACAGCAUCCAAACAUCAUUACUCUAAAGGAUGUAUAUGAUGAUGGAAAAUAUGUGUAUGUAGUGACAGAACUUAUGAAAGGGGGUGAAUUGCUGGAUAAAAUUCUUAGACAGAAAUUUUUCUCUGAAAGAGAGGCCAGUGCUGUCCUGUUUACUAUAACCAAAACUGUUGAAUAUCUUCACGCACAAGGGGUGGUUCACAGAGACUUGAAACCUAGCAACAUUCUUUACGUGGAUGAAUCUGGCAAUCCAGAAUCUAUUCGAAUUUGUGAUUUUGGCUUUGCCAAACAGCUAAGAGCAGAAAACGGUCUUCUCAUGACUCCUUGUUACACUGCAAAUUUUGUUGCACCAGAGGUUUUAAAACGACAAGGCUAUGAUGCUGCUUGUGAUAUAUGGAGUCUUGGUGUCCUCCUCUAUACAAUGCUUACUGGUUACACCCCAUUUGCAAAUGGCCCUGAUGAUACACCAGAGGAAAUAUUGGCACGGAUAGGCAGCGGAAAAUUCUCACUCAGUGGUGGUUACUGGAAUUCUGUUUCAGACACAGCAAAGGACCUGGUAUCAAAGAUGCUUCAUGUGGAUCCUCAUCAGAGACUGACUGCUGCCCUUGUGCUCAGACAUCCUUGGAUCGUCCACUGGGACCAACUGCCACAAUACCAACUAAACAGACAGGAUGCACCCCAUCUAGUCAAGGGUGCUAUGGCAGCUACAUAUUCUGCUUUAAACCGUAAUCAGUCUCCAGUUUUGGAACCAGUAGGCCGCUCUACUCUUGCUCAGCGGAGAGGUAUUAAAAAAAUCACCUCCACAGCCCUGUGAAGUGACCUCAGUGAGAUAUUUGGUACCAUGGUGUAAGCUAAUAGCACAAGUUCUGGCGACAGGUAGCACAUAUCUGAGAGACACCUGCAAGCACACACUGUCCCAGCUGGUACCCAUAAUGCUGCUGCUCCUGCUGCUGCUCCUGCUUCCGUCUCUUCUCGCUUUAAAUGAGUGUUAGCAAGUUAGAUUUUCCUGGAGCUUCGGAUGAAAUGAAAAUGGAAACAUGAUGAAGACAUAUUCACUGAAUCAACAAGAAUAAUAAACAUAUGAAUACCACCUAAAAAUACACUGAAUAAAGUACUCUACACCAUAUAGCAUUAUUUUUAUAGGAAAUAUUUCAUGUCCCUGAAAUAUUCUUUGUUAGUUAUAGGGAUGGACAGUUUAUGUUAAGCACUUAGCUUAAACAAUCCGUUUCUAUUAGCACUGUAUCCCUUGUGCCAUCCAACAUUUUGUAUGUUUUUGUAAACAGUUCAUAUACAGUACAUUUCUGUACUGCUUUCUUUAAUGUAUACAUGCUUUGUUUAACUUGGAAUCUAUUAUUAUUAAUUGAUUAUUAAAUCUCGUUAAAUAGUUCACCUGGAUUAACAGUAUUGUUGGACAGCCCUAAAAAUGGCCAGAUUGUGGAACAGCUGUUGAAUGUAAUACUUCCAAAAUGUACAUAUCUUUCCCCCAUGUCUGUUUCACUGGUUCGUUCAUUUGUUUGUUUCUUAAAGUCAGGUGCUUUGUGAGACUAACCUAGAGAGCUGUUAUGGUAGAGAAAGUUAUCACGUGUGUGUGGCAUGACAUCAAGAGUACACCUAUGAAGUUAGUCCAUAUACGUUGCAACUCCUUAGGGUUCUUUUUUCCUUAAGGAAGUAGUUCUUGCACUUUUGAUCUUGAAUAGUAUCCAUAUUUAGUAUUUGGCAUAUAAUUUGGGAUUUUGCCAAUAUACAUCAAAGGCCUUUAAGAGUUAUGGUGAAGAGAUUGGCAAAGGAAAAUUUAACAACAGGUCAUCCAAGUCCCAUUAGAUCUUUUAUGUUUAAAUAGGUGAAACUGCAGAAUUUAGCACAUGAAUAACAGGAUACCUGUUCUUGUAUACCUGCAAGAAAAGUAUGCUUUUUUUGGAAAAAAGGUAAAUCAUAAUGAGUUCUAUCCCAUUACAAUGCUCUAUAUUAAACACUAAUUUGAAUGUAAUAAAGGCCACCAGCCUCUCUAUGAAAUUGGAUUUAAACUUUCUUAUUCGAGGGAAUAAAACAUUCUUGAUCAAACAGUAUCUGUUCUCACCUGACAUCAUAGCUCAAGUAGGCUAAGUGAAUGUUCGCCAUUGAGUGCUUUCUGAAUUCCUUCUGAUGAUUUAUAGCCAUAUAAUGCUUGCUUUAACUUCAGAAAUGAUCAGCUUUCAUAAUGGUCAAUGGGUCUGCUUAUAAUAUUCAUUAUCUACAUCUAAUUUGGGUAGGUUCCACAAUUCUAUUUGAUUAAAGAAACUUUUGUAUCCAUUAUUACCUAUAUUUUGGUCAAGCUAUCUAGCGUACAUCGAUAUGUAAUAUAAAAAACAUGAACAAGGAAAAAGUGACUUAACCUCAUCAAGAAUGUGCCCAACAGAUCUUUAUUAGCUAUGUGGUGAGCCAUUUACAUCAGAAGUGUUUUUAUCUGCCCGAAGCUUUAAAUAUGUCUUUGAGAGUACAAAGCCAAGAAAGCGUACUUUAGUUAAAUGUCUUAGAAGCCACUUAUUACUCCUUAAUUUCUCCUCUAUGCAACUAAAGAGAAAGGGAAAAUCUAUAACAUUAAUUUUGCUUAAGUGACACAAAAUGAUUAUGGCAUAGAAAUCAAAUGUAAGUUUAUCUUCUAAAUAAAAAAAAUGUAUAGGAAGAGGGAUUCAGAAGAUCUAGAUGGAGAAAGGUUUUUUUAAAUUCUUGAGUAUAUGAAUGCUAAAUAUCAAAAACUGCUUCCCAUUGCCUGGAAAGAAAACUUUUUUCUUCCUUUCUUUCUCUCUCUCCUCUAAUCAGUGUUUCAAACUACAACCAUCCCAAAUUCUUGUUGCUCUUAAAAUGUUAAUGUAACUUUGGGCAAAAAAAAAAAAAGGCAUUUUCAAAUUUCAGACACUGAUGCUAUUCCAUUAUUGCUUAGGUGUGUUGUCCAUCAUAGUCUUAGAGCCAGAAGUAAAUGCGUAAAUCCUUAUAAAUUAUCUAGGCCAACUUUCUCAUAUUGCAUGUAAAGAACCCGAGACCCAAAGCAAAGACUAGAAUCCUUAAGUUCUCAUUCAGUUUUUUUCCUUCAUAACACCAUGCUGCCUUCCCUUCAUAUUAUCACCCAACCAGGAGCAGAGUUGUUAAAAAAAAUACAUAUUUCUUAGGACAAUACUCUACUGGUAGAUGAAUGGCAAGUUUAUUGCUUUCAAAGAUAUUGCCUUCUUUGCCCACUCCAGCUGCCAGUUUUAUUGGAGAAAAGCAAGUCGUAUGUUCACAAAACUGAAGGCUUUUGCCUAAAAUGCAGUUCAGUAGCUUAAUUUAUUUCAUCUGUAAUCCUGAUGUUCCUAUUGCCUUUGACUUAUGGCAGACAGACUUGGCGAACAAUUGUGCUCUAAAUGUAAUGCUUGCACUGGGCUUACCUUUCCAUUAAUUACUGAGUCCAGCUCCUCUGGGCCCUUCACCAGUUAGUUCUCCUAGUUCCCAGGGCUUCUCCCAGAAGGUUUAGUUCAGGUUUAAAGUUAUUUCAAUGUGAAAGAAGGAACUAAACCAUCAGGCCACUUUUACAAACCUCCUCUUAGCCUGUAAUCCAAAAUAACGUUUAGAAUAGUAGAUUGCAUUUAACUUUUCCAAGCACAUGCUGAAAAAUAUGGAUUACACUACCACGUGUUUUGUAACUUCCCUUUCAAGUGAUGAUGUUAAGGUAAGUUUUUGUCCUUUAAUUUUUUAUGUAAGUCAUUUCAGCUCCUUCUAUUUAUAGAGAUGUCUUUUUUUCUAAGUACAAUAGACCUUUAACAGAUCUGAUACAGAUUCAUUUAUUCACAAGCAACCCCAAAAGUCCAAAAAUGUGAUGAUUUUGACAAGGCACAGAAUCGAGAUGCUGCAAAGCUGAUGUGUGGGAAAAAGUCACUUAGUGAGUGUCUGGAGGGGGUGCGGUGUGUGUGCAGUAGAGAGUCACACUUCACAUGUGGUAGGCUGCAAAGUAUGGGUUUGGAUCAACCAUUUCCCACCUAAUUUUAAGAAGUGGUUGCUUUGGGGGUCAGGGGACAUUAUGAGAGGUGGGGCUGACCUGUUUUCUGUGCCCUGCACCCUCAGCCCAGAAAAGACUUGAAGGGGUAGAGGGGUGCAAAGGCUUUAUGAGUAAGCAGAAUGGAUUGGGUUGGAAAGGGACUGGGGUAGGUCCGGCCUGGGAUAAGAGCAGAAAAGCAUUCAAGAUUUGGGAGCCAUGGUACAGAUGUACUUAAUCACCAUGGAAGUCAGCAAUACAUAUCUCAACGUGGCUUUGAUAUUCUCUACUUCCCAGCCUUUAUAAAUGACUGAAAUAUUUCCAGCUUGCUUUACCAUAUUUUAUAGAGAAAAUUCUCACGGUGGUAUCGAGCAUUUAUGAGAUUUGUGAAGGCAUUAAUUAGGACAGAUAUCUCAGGAAUGUAAAGAGUUCGAAAAGGUCUUUUCUGUGCUUAAGAAAUACGAUGGGUUCCAUGGUUGACCUUUGGUGCUUAAACCAAGAGGUUCUGAUCUAGUCCUAGAGUUCUGUCCCUCUGGAAGGUGGCUCCAUGUGACUCACAAACUAGAUGUAUGCAUUUUUAUUUAAUUGACAGAUAAGUUGACUUAACUCAGUAUUUAUAUUUCAAUUAGUGAAAAUAGUCCUCUUUUCACCUCCAGAUUGCUUACAUUUUGCUGGUUUCCCCAAGUGACCAUUGGUGGAGACCAAUUAAUGAAGGAAUGAAAUUUGCUUUCUUGGGACUGUGGUAUUCUGCAGAGCCACGCUUAACCACUUUUUCUAGUGAAGAAUCUACAGAAUGAUAAUACCUAAAUAUGGAUGGCCAAGAAGAACUUGUAUCUACAGUGUGCUUUAUGUACUUCUGACACUGCUGUAUUUUGUGUGGUCAAGUGACUUGUAACUGGUUCCAAUGUGACUGAGUGUUCUCAAAGAAUUCUAGUAAUUAAGUCGACUUAAUUUUCUUAAGCCUUGUAUUACUAUCAGUCUCAUAUUUACCACUUUGAUUCUAGUCUUUUAACUGUUCGUAACAGGGCAUACCAAGGGUUGGGAUGAGAGUCUACUUCCUACCUCUUAAGGCACUUUCCUCAUUAUUUUGCCAUAUAACCUUGAAGUGCAUGAUAAGCUGUUUAAAUGUCCAUGACUUCUCCCAGAGCAACUAGCAAAGUAUAUGACAUUGAAUAGAGAUUAGUGGAAAGGAAAAUUUAGAGACUAAGUUCAGAGAUGCAAACCUCAAGAAAACCUCUUUUUGAGCACGUACCAUUUGAGUACAACAUGUGUAAACGUAUGUGAGAGGAGAGUCUCUGUAACAGUCUCUCUAAGUAGAUUAGUUCAAUACCUAAUGGAAGUGAAAAUCUUUACUCCUAGUAUCACUAUAGUACUGAAUGAACUGUAUACUGAGUUUUUCAAACAAGUAUGUAAAGUAGAACCUUUAAAUACAAAGCAAGGGCAUAAGGAUAAAGGUUUUGGUUUGUGUUUCUGUAAGUGUAGUUUAUCAUCUAAAGCUGUUUUUUAAAUUGCCAUUUCUUAGCAUCCUUAAUAAUUAUGGGUGAUGAGUUUUUAAUUCCUAAAAUGAUGUACAUGUAUUAGGUUUAUCUUAACUCUUACCCUAAGCAAAAGGGAAGGUAUACACCUAAGGGAUGUAAUUAUUUUGCAUUUUUGGCCUUGGGUGGGAGUGGGGUGGGCAACUACUUAAACAGUUUUUAAAAAAGAAAAAAAAAUCACAAAUAUUUUUCUACUAUUAUACCUGAUCUUACUUUAUACUAGUUUCUCUCUAGUAAGGCAUGCCAGAAGCCCAAGGUACCAUACCAUGAGUUCCUAUGUAUUGUACCUUUUAUUGGUGGUUCAAUCGCAUCAGAUGCUUGGCACUGCUGCCAUAAUUAUGAAAUGCUUGUAAAGGAUUAAUUAUCACUGAAUACUUUAAAUUGUUUUACUUAAGAGUUUAAUCUGGGAAGUUUUCAAAUCAUACUAUUAAUGUGUAAUCUAAGCUCCUUCAGAUGUAUCCAUGAAUAAUCCUGGAACAAUAUUGCUUGUAUUCCUGUCACAGAACAGGUUUUGUAAUCUUUAAAAGAAAUGAAAAUUUAUAUAAUAAAGUUUCGAAUAAAUGCA